GGGGAUUGACAACUGGAGGGGCCACAAUAUGCUAGUCGUGUUCAUCGUCGCAUCAAUGAUCCUCAAGUCUACAGCAAGGAACUUCGUUUUCAAUGGCAGCACACGAAUUAGCCGAUUGGAAAACUGGCUCAAUAAAGAUUAUCCGUGUCAAGGAGAUAAAAUAAUAUUCGAGGAAAACAAGAAGACAGUAGCUUUUGUCGAUCAAAGCAUUCAGGUGUCAUCCAUACUCCUUCCUGAGGUUGGUUCCAUCGUCUUCUCAGAUAAUGCAGUUCUUGGUGAAAAAAGUCGAUGGCAAUGCACACAUCGGAAAAGCCCCGAAAAUGUGUUCUUCCAAACCGAUUCGGAAUUUGCUGGCUUCAGCGAUCCAGCAAGUUGGCUUACAGAUGAUAAACCAUUGCUGCAUAUGAAUAUGGUCCCAGGAGCACUGGACGACGUAAUUUUUCACGACAUGGGUGCGUUCCAAAUAUCCAUCGAUGAUCAGGUUACUGUAAACAGUUUGCGCGUAUCCAAGGAUUGGUCCAUGACAACUGCAUCAUUCACUCAGUUCGUGCGUACGAUGGAGGGCCAGUAUCAGGUGUCCUUGAGCCAUGCUCUGGCUAAGGAAUCGUCUGAAGAUAACAUUUCACGAAUGUUACCGUUGAAAGAUCCGAUUAUCAUACUGAACAAAAAGGAGGUUGGAAACUACAAUCCGAAUAUGAAGGAAAAGACAAUGUCGCUGAUCUGUAACUACGUGAAAUGCCCUACCACACAGGCCUGUACGACCACGGUUAAGCCUAAAGGGCACUGUUGCAACAUCUGCGGUGGAGUGAUGACUUUUGCCACGAACAAAUUCACCACCGACACCAUUACGAAUGCAAUCCAUGAAGUUGAAAAAGAGAAUAAUUUGGCUGGCUUUUUGAACUAUUCCAUAGACCGUAUUGAUGAAGAAGAUGUUGUGCCACAUUAUCAGGUUGCUGUAUUUUCUGGAACAAAAUACGAUGACACCCUCAUGAAAGUAUUUAUCAUGGAAUUAAAUGAAAAACUCAGUAAUAGUAGAGGAAAUACAAUGGACUACUUUAGUGCUAAGUAUGACUGGAGCAGACUUGACCAUUCGUACGCAUUAGGUUCAAAGAUUGCUGGACUCAUCACGUUUAUUAUCCUUCUAAUGGCCGCAGCUGUUCUGCUCUGGAGAAACACGCAAGAGAGAGAAAGGCUUCGCGCACUGCUCGUCAUCAAUGGUUCAUCACCGCUUCGUGCUGUUUGGCAUCACGGCAAAGAGGAGGCUGAUGAUGUAGUACAAUUACUGAGUGUGGAGGAACUGAACAGCGAGGAGGACGAGGAAUACGCACCUUCACUCCCAGCACUAACACCGACUCCUGCAGUACUAGAGCCACAAACAAGUUCUUCGAUGGGCAAGAAUAUUUCUGAAGGAGUUCCUGGUAUCGAGCUCAACCUCUUCGACUAAACUUGUGUCGGACUUUUGUUAUCACCGGUCAUUGCAUAGCAUAAACAUUACUUGG